AUUGCGCUGUUCAGCUGAAAAAAGUUUUUCCCUUUCCCGGUCCGCGGUUGUUCCGUAAUCACACCAACGCGUUCGACGGCACAAUUCGGGACCCGUGUCAAUGGCCCUCAACUGGUUUCGUCCGGUCGUCGCUAGCAGUAAAAAGUGUCUUCGUGUGAUUCAUCCAACAACCCUCAACGGCCAGAACAGCGCCAGCUUCCGCACCUUCAGAAUGACGGCCCGGCAGCGAUCUGAGAAAGUACUGGAACAGCUCAAGGAAUCGAACCCGUACUUUGACAAGUACGCCAAGAAGAUCGCCACCGUUCAGCAGAGCUCGCCGGAAGAGUUUCUAGCCCGGCUGGACAAGGUCGAGAAGGAGAAGAAAAAAACCAAGUUUGGUCCGUCGCCGGCGGAUGGACCGGCCCGGGACUACUCGGAGCUGCUCAACCCGAAGGCACCGCUCUCGCCCGGAAAGGGACCGCCGCAGCCGUUGGACCGCAAGCUGGCGGACGUGAUGAAAAUAGAGCUGAUCCAGGACAAGACAGCCGAAGAGAUUCGGGCCAUUUGGCUGCAGUACCACAUCGGGAAAGAGGUCAUUUCGGCGGCGAUUCCUAGUGAGCAGUACGAUCUGAUGAUGGAGCGAGCCCGGAAGUAUCCGGUGUUUAUUCUGCCGGUUCCGCGAAGCCAGGGCUAUGAGUUUUUCCUGCUGCAGUUCUUUGCCAACACGGUGCACUUCACGCCGCUGAUCAACUAUCAGGUCCACAAGGAGAACGCCCCCGAGUGCUUGAACGUGACCCUGUACACGGAGCUGCGCGAGUCCAAGGCGCUGGUGCUGAUGCGGGGCGAGUACGACCCGAAGGUCAUCAACGGGAAGGAGGCGCAAUGUUUGGCCAACCAGCUGCAGAUGUACUACAGCCAGCGCCAAAACCCGACCAAGCUGGCCCAGCUGGAACGUUUCACCCACACGCCGGACCAGUUCAAGCACAUGGACGUGAUUGAGGAGUUGAACAAUUUGAAGAUUGGCGGUUGAACUUGAGUUCUCUCUGAGUUUAUAUGUUGAGGAUAGUAGUAAAAUUGGUCGCGUAGU